CGGAAUCGUAAUGCGUCCAACACAACUUCUGCAGAAAGGACGAUCGGCUUGGAAAAGUCCUUACUUCGUUGCCUUUCCCAACUUGCGAGAGGCAUUGACGAACCAUGUGCCCAUUAAGACGCAGGCCAGGUCGUGUACAAUUUUGCCCAAUUUCGUGGGAAUUCGCUUCAUGGUACACAAUGGGAAAGACUACAUUCCAGUAAAUGUGACGCAGGACAUGGUUGGGCACAAACUCGGAGAAUUCUCGCAUACAAAGAAGAGGUUUACAUACAGAGCAACUAAGAGGUCGUAGAACUGUAACCCCCAAAUCAAAAAUGGGGUCGUCGGCUAACCAUUUGCUUCCUCAC